AUGGAUCAUAUUGGAGCGCAUCUCCAGCACAUUCACGCGGAGCCCAUCAGCUUUGGGAUCGACCAAAUCCUCAACAAUGUGGACCAGAGCUGCAUGCUCGGCGGUCGGAUGCCCGAGCCGGACUAUGGCCUCGGCUGCGUCUUCAGCACUGCCUACAACACCAUGACCGGUACCUUCACCGGCAACAACUCUGGAUAUAACGGCAACGAAUGUGGGGUCGCCAAUCUGAGCGGCACCUAUAACACGAACAUGGGAAUGAACGUCAGUGGGAAUAACGUUAACGCAGCUGGAGUCAUCCGUGUGCCAGCGCACCGGCCUCUGAACAGUGGACACUCGUCCAUCCCCGGCGGCAUGUCAACUAUGCCAGGCUCGAUUAACAACCUGACGGGAUUUACAUUCCCCUGGAUGGAGAGUAACAGAAGAUACACCAAAGACAGGUUCACAGGUAAACCACCUCUAUAAUGCACAUAAAAUGUGUGUGUGUGUGUGUGUGUGUGUGUGUUGAGAAUGAAAAGAGCAAUAUGCAUGGUUAUGCCAUGCUUGUCAUGAGAAAAUCACGAUCAUGCAAUUUGUUUCUGAUGGAAAGGGCCAUUGAAUGCACUUAGGCCUAGUUCUUGUUUUCUGAUGCACUCAGCUCUGAAAAUAAUCGAUAAUAAAUCAGUCUACUGCUGUCUACUACGGCUUCUGCUUAACACGCUGUGUAAUUUCAUUAUACAAUUUUACUUGAUAAACACCAAUGGCUUUUACUUAUUUUACUAGUCUAUAUAUCUCACAAGAAUCACCUACAAUAAACAUUGAGUUAUAGAUAAUCAAAAUAUAGCCUAACACAUCUGCAUGUUAUCGAAAUAGUCUAAAUGUAGCCCCCCCCACCUGUAAUUUUCCCUGCGAGCUAUAGCCUAUCUCCCCUCUCUGUCUGACGUUGCUUGAACUUGCUUCGCUGCUCUGUUGCUGCUAUUUAGCUGAUUUUGCUGCUUGCUUUCGCCCCUAUCUAUCCGUCUCCCAAUCCAGUGGCGCUCUCACCCCUCACUGUAACACGCCGUGUAGGUCACCCGUACCAGAACCGGACGCCCCCCAAGAAGAAAAAGCCCCGGACGUCUUUUACUCGCCUGCAGAUCUGCGAGCUGGAGAAACGCUUUCACCGACAGAAGUACCUGGCUUCCGCAGAGAGAGCGGCUUUGGCCAAGGCCCUCAAGAUGACUGACGCGCAAGUCAAAACAUGGUUCCAGAACAGAAGAACAAAAUGGAGGUGAGAUUACUGAUGAUAAUGUGUAGCCUACAUUUCAGGUAUAAGGUGUCCUCUCCAGCGCGGAAUGUCAUGAUUUGUUUGUGUGUGUGUUUUAGCUAAGUUGAUGCUUUUAUGUAUAGCAUGGGCUAUUUAUUUACGCUCCAAGAAGGCUAUGUAAACCCACCAAAAAUAGCAAUACAGGUUAGAGUGAUAUUUUACAAAUAUUAACUAUAUCUAGGCCUAUUAUAUGCCACAAAUUCAUUUGGACAUACUCGGUCUUGAAUAGGGGAUAAAAUAAUGGUGUGCAUUUGAUAAAACUAUAUAAAAAAAUCCAAUCGCCCCGUUUCUAUGAACAUUUUACAGGUCGUCAAUUUUAUUUUUUUAUUGAAGUUUUCGAUUGCAAACCUUUGCAAUUCAUGAAUGAAUAUUGUCUUGCAACAGUCAAGGAAAUUACAGUGAUUCUUAUAAUGAGUGGUUUAAAAUUAAAGUAAAAUUCUGUGGCAACUUACUAUAUCCUAUCCCACAAAAGGAGGAUAAUGUUUUCCCUUAUAUGUCCACUCUUGUUAAAGUUAAAAUGUGUUUUAAUCUUUGGAAAUAAUGUCAUUUCAGACAAAAAUAGUGUUUUAAAAGGUCUUUAAAGCUAUUUUCAGAUGAAACAUACCGUGCAUAAAAGUGGAAGGCCUAUUUGGCCACAUCUUUUACGCAUUGAGAUAUAAGUUAUUUUCCUUGGCCUAUCUACUGAAGCAGUUAAAUACAUCUCUGGAGAUUGGAUUUUAGAAAAUAAAAAAACAACAAAACAAUCAACGAAUAUAAAUAUUAUGUAUAUAGGCCUAAGUGUAAGUAUGAAGUCAAUGUGAGAACAUAACAGAACAAUCUAAGGAAACAUUUCUGCCACAUCAGAGGAAGACAAAUUAAUUGGCAAAACUUUAUUUAUUUUCACAUAGGCUAUUGUUGGCUGUGAAAAAUGUCAUACUAUUUGUGGGAAAUUUGCAUUUGGAUAUCAGCUUUUCGCCUAUUGGUUAAUGAUGUUUAGGUAAGCAAUUUAGCCUACAUUAGGCAAAAAUUGUCUAGCAAUUUGUUAUAAUCUAUAAUCAUACUUGAUUUAAACGUGUUUAAAUUAAUCCAGAAGACAUUCACUUUGUGUCAAAAUUUGAUGUACAUAGGCCUGUUAUGAUCUAUAAUGACGCAGACUGUUAUGGAUAGAAUUUCCCACUGAUGCCUCGGUGUCUCUCUUGUGUCUCGGGUGUUCCAGGCGGCAGACAGCUGAAGAGAGAGAAGCAGAGCGACAGCAGGCCAACCGGAUCCUCAUGCAACUCCAACAGGAGGCUUUUCAGAAAACAAUAAACCAACCGGCAAACCCGGACCCGCUUUGCUUGCAUAACAGCUCCCUGUUCGCGCUUCAGAACCUCCAGCCAUGGACUGAGAACACCGCCAAAAUCAGCAGCGUGUCCGCCUGCGAAUAA